CUUUCUUCCCUUCAGCGCUUCGUCGGUAGCGGAAGUGACGGUGCUUCCGGCUCCCGCUGGCUGCCGGGAUCCAGGAGGGGCGGCCGUGGGCACUGCCGCCAUGUCCACAUCGCUGGGCUCCAACACCUACAACCGGCAGAACUGGGAGGACGCGGACUUCCCGAUUCUGUGCCAGACAUGUCUUGGAGAAAAUCCCUACAUCCGAAUGACCAAAGAAAAAUAUGGAAAAGAAUGCAAGAUUUGUGCCAGGCCUUUCACAGUGUUUCGCUGGUGCCCUGGUGUUCGUAUGCGUUUCAAGAAAACAGAAGUAUGCCAGACAUGCAGCAAGCUGAAGAAUGUCUGUCAGACCUGUCUGCUUGACCUGGAAUAUGGUUUGCCUAUUCAAGUCCGAGAUGCAGGACUCUCCCUUAAGGAUGAAAUGCCGAAGUCUGAUGUCAAUAAGGAGUACUACACCCAGAACAUGGAACGAGAGAUAGCCAAUUCUGAUGGCACUAGACCAGUUGGUGCACUAGGAAAAGCUACUUCUACCAGUGACAUGCUGCUGAAGCUGGCUCGGACCACGCCUUACUACAAACGUAACCGUCCUCACAUCUGUUCCUUUUGGGUAAAAGGAGAAUGCAAGAGAGGAGAAGAGUGUCCUUACAGACAUGAGAAACCUACAGAUCCAGACGACCCUCUGGCUGAUCAGAACAUCAAAGAUCGUUACUAUGGAAUUAAUGAUCCUGUGGCUGAUAAACUUCUGAAACGAGCAUCAACCAUGCCUCGUCUGGACCCCCCUGAUGACAAGACUAUUACUACAUUGUAUGUUGGAGGGCUUGGAGAUACUAUCACUGAAUCAGAUCUCAGAAAUCACUUUUACCAGUUUGGGGAGAUUCGGACAAUAACUGUAGUGCAGAGGCAGCAGUGUGCUUUCAUCCAGUUCGCCACCCGGCAGGCUGCGGAAGUGGCUGCUGAGAAAUCCUUCAACAAACUCAUUGUCAAUGGUCGCAGGCUGAAUGUCAAAUGGGGAAGGUCUCAGGCAGCAAGGGGAAAAGAAAAGGACAAGGAAGGUACUACAGAAUCCGGGAUAAAGCUGGAGCCAGUUCCAGGACUUCCCGGAGCUCUCCCCCCUCCUCCAGCUGCAGAAGAGGAGGCUUCUGCGAAUUACUUCAACCUACCUCCGAGUGGCCCUCCAGCCGUGGUUAACAUUGCCUUGCCGCCUCCUCCUGGCAUUGCUCCACCACCACCUCCAGGUUUUGGACCACACAUGUUCCACGCCAUGGGGCCCCCGCCUCCCUUCAUGAGAGCCCCAGGCCCCAUUCACUAUCCGUCUCAGGAUCCCCAGAGGAUGGGGGCCCACGCGGGAAAGCACAGCAGCCCCUAACACGUCAUCCUGCCCUCAUCCUUUAAGUAAAUGCUAUUUUCUAGUUACCGUGGUAGCACCGUAUGUUGAGCUGUGGGUGAGCUAGAAAAGCUUUAUGUCCCUGCUUGCAGACACUGGGCACACUGAGCUCUGUGUCUCCACUAGCUAGUUGGAUCAUUGACAAAUCCCAGAUCUUUCAUUUAGUGUUGAGGGGUGGGAGGGGAUUUGGGACAGACAGAAGGGCUGUCGGGGGUCUGUGGAUCAGGUGUACCGGAAUUACAGUGCUGUGCGUGUAUCCCAUUGGCACUCUUUUGAAAUAAACUUCCGGGAAAACAAAACCAAGCCCAUUCGAUAUCCUCAGUCUGAACAAUAUUGACUGUUUUGAUGUAACCAGAGAUUUUUCUCUUUGUCAGGUAACCAAUGACUUAUUCUAAUGAGAUAUUAAACCAGGACUGAAUAAGAGCUGAAAAACAAGCCUAUCAGACAUGCCAAACCCAUGGCUUUGCUUUAUUAUUGGCACAGAAUUUUCCUCGCUCCUUUUUCCUGACAUCUUGUUUAAAAAAAAAAAACAGACAAAAACUCCAAGCUGUUUUGAUGCUCCACUUCUAAUCCUGUGCCUCCUGAGCCAGAUAAGGGUCAGGUCAUAGCAGCAGCCCCAAGUGUUGUGGUGUGGCAGGUUAGGAGUUGCCUCUUUUAGCCUGGUGAGGGCCCCCUUGGUGGCCUCGUGGCUGGGCUUGUGUUGCCGGCAGCUGUGAGAGAGAAUGUGGGGCAGCUGCAAGCUUGUCCAGGGUAUAUUUGAGGAAUGAUCAUGACUUUGGGGGCCUGUGGAUACAGUCUCUUCUUAAACUGUGAGGUGGAUCCCACUUCAUCCUGUUCUGAAAAGACAUGAUACUUUUCUUUCUGCUCUAGCUAGAGUGAUUGUCCAGGAGAACUGUGCCCUGCAUGGAGCCUGCCGUUGAUUAAGGUGUAUGUACACGCGGCUGGAGGAUUUUAAGUUUAUCUGUAUGUCAGCUGCUUUCGCGUAAUGGAUCUGUGGACAUCUUUCUGUGAAGCAAACCAUGAUGGGACCUGUUCUGAAGCCUCAUUUCCUUGUUUAAAAAAAAAUACAUUAAAAUAUUUGGAUUUUUCAACA